GGCCCAGCCGUGAAUAUGCCCCCUAAACGCAAAAGUGCAGGUAAAGUAGCAAAAUCUGCAAAGAGGCAGACUACAACACAAAAUGAAUAUGAUGGUCCAACACCACCUAAGAAAGCUAAGCAAGGUGCAGACAAGAAAGGAGCACCAAGUGGAUCUGUAGGAAAAUUUGAUCUGUCGUCUUAUGUAACAGAAGAGGGCUGGAGACAAGCACUCAAGGAUGAAUUUUACAAAGAUUAUUUCAAGGGUAUUGAGUCCAAGCUAGCUAGUGAUUAUGCAGCGGAAACGGAAGUGUUUCCAUCAAAAGACUUCAUUUUCAAAGCGUUUAAUGAUACACCAUUUGACAAGGUGAAAGUUGUAAUUCUUGGACAGGACCCAUACCACGAUAAAGGCCAGGCAAUGGGAAUGGCAUUUUCUGUACCACUUGGAGUAAAACCACCACCUUCUUUGAAGAACAUAUACAAGGAACUAACUAAUGAUAACAAGAUCCAGAACUUCAAGGCCCCUAAUCAUGGUAAUUUAGAACCCUGGGCAAGGAGGGGAGUGUUUUUACUCAAUGCAACACUAACAGUCGAAGCUCACAAACCAAACUCUCAUGCCAAGUAUGGCUGGCAGACUUUUACGGACCAAGUAAUAAAAAUCAUCAACGAGAAAUGUUCAGGUGUUGUCUUCCUGCUUUGGGGAAACUUUGCACACAAAAAGGAGAAGCUAAUUGAUGGAAAAAAACAUGUUGUGAUCAAAACUGCUCAUCCUUCGCCGCUAUCAUACAAAAAAUUUGAAAAUUGUAAGUGUUUCUCAUUGGUUGAUAAAGCACUGGUGACUAAAGGACAAGACAAGAUGGACUGGUCACUUCCUGAUGGUUUCUUUAGUCUAAAUUAAAACAAAGGACAAGACAAGAUGGACUGGUCACUUCCUGACGGUUUCUUUAGUCUGAAUUAAAACAAAGGACAAGACAAGAUGGACUGGUCACUUCCUGACGGUUUCUUUAGUCUGAAUUAAAACAAAGGACAAGACAAGAUGGACUGGUCACUUCCUGACGGUUUCUUUAGUCUGAAUUAAAACAAAGGACAAGACAAGAUGGACUGGUCACUUCCUGACGGUUUCUUUAGUCUGAAUUAAAACAAAGGACAAGACAAGAUGGACUGGUCACUUCCUGACGGUUUCUUUAGUCUGAAUUAAAACAAAGGACAAGACAAGAUGGACUGGUCACUUCCUGACGGUUUCUUUAGUCUAAAUUAAAACAAAGGACAAGACAAGAUGGACUGGUCACUUCCUGACGGUUUCUUUAGUCUGAAUUAAAACAAAGGACAAGACAAGAUGGACUGGUCACUUCCUGAUGGUUUCUUUAGUCUAAAUUAAAACAAAGUGCUUGGUUUAAAAGAGAAGAAACGAAGACGCAGACUUCUGUAAAACUGAAGUAAAUGCACAAUACAUUUUCCAUGGUAAUUUUGGAGAGCACAACCACAAUUUUAUUUAUAUGUUCUUUUAUUUUAGAUAUAUUUAGAGCUUUGUUCUGUUCAUGAAAACAACAAAACUCUUUAGAUAUUACCAAAUGUACCUUUAUCUUCUUCACAAGAUGUUAAAAUUUGCUCCAAUUCUUUGUGGAUCAGCCCCUUGUUGAUUAAGACAUCUCUAGCAAUUUCAGUCUGCUGUGAUUACCAAGUAUUCAGUAUAUGGAGACAAGUGUCAUUGAAUAGGACUGCAACUUGGAUCCUAAAUAUCAUUAUAUUAUAUAUAUUCAUGUUAUUGUGAUUGAUUUAACAGUAUAUCAGUUUCAACAGGAUACAGGACUCUGAAAUCAAAUUUUGUGUUUCCUGUCUUGCAGUCAAUUUUCCCUGAUUGUUAUCAUAUUGAUCCAAACCAGGCUGGUUUAUUAUAAUCAGUGUUGACAUCUUCAGUAUUCUGUGUGCUGAAGUAGUGUUAAAGUGUUUUUCAUUGUUUUUUUAUUUUUAUAUGUAAAUCUCUUGUUAUGGGGAAAUAAAUUAAUGUGUUUUUGUUACCAGUCACAUUCUAUUGCUGUCUACUUGAUGGUUGACCUAUGUACAGGAUCAGUGUGAUCGCGAUCAGAUAAAUAACUAAACUGUAAAACUUCAUAAUUUGUAUAUUUAAACCACAUUUUUUAGGUUUGUAAUACUACAAAUUAAAGUUACGAUUUGUUUGUAGCUAAUCUUUUUAUUUUUUAAAUUUGAACUGCUGUAAAUAAUUUAUCAUGGUAUUCAUAUUUUUUAUUGUGUCGUUUGCAGCUAGUCCACUAAAGUGGACAAUCAUCAUGUGAAUAUACAAUGUAUGUAUAUCAUCUUUCAUUCUAAGUUAGGGUAUCAAACACAACAGCUUCGGAGUAAGUUGAUAUGGAUUUAUUUUGAACCAUAAUAUAUAUAUAUUACUAUUUCUAUCUCAUUGGUUAGAGGUAUGGAAGGAUCCAACCAAUAUUGGAGCAGUAGUUUGGUUAGUUGAAUGCCAAAAUCCACGUGGCAUGCCUCCCACGUGAUAAUAAAUUUGGUGUUGAUGGAGUUGGGGGUUAACUUAGCCUGUAAACCCUUUGGGACUGUUCUGUUGUUCACACAACUAAAUUUGGCAAAAUUCCAGAUUGUUCUGGCCAGGCAAUUGAUCAAUAGAGGGGACCCUAAGAAAUCCCACCCAAUUAUAUGGAUCAAGUCAGGGAGAUGUUCAAGGAAGAUCUCGAGUUAAGUGACAGCUCAUCGGAUGUGUCCAGGUCAACCCCAAACACCUCUGAGGACGGUCAUGAGAAUGCUGAUACUAGAGACUACAGAACUUAUCACUAUAUAUCUGAAUCAAUGUCUACUUUGUGCCUUGACGAACCUGGUCAGUUAUAAGGGUAAUCUGUUAGUUUAUCGCUAUAUUAACUUUGUAAUGGUAUGGAUCUCAUAAAUUUAUCACUAAUGCUAUAGAUUUUCUGUACAGGUUUAGAUUUAUGCAUAUACCUAAACAUUAACAUUUAGUAUGAGAUGUCACGUUUGAAAUUGUUUAUGUCAUAAUGUCCAUCUGCUGUUUAUAGAAUCGGGUACCGCAUUUCAUGUACUUUAGACCCAAAUAUUUGUUAAUUUGUCGCCCUGAUGAAGCCCGGAGAGGGCGAAACUGGUUGACAAAGCUGUUGUGAUUGAUUCCCUAACUUAAUUUUCCCUACUGCGCAAUCACCAUGCAUACUUCCUGGUAUCUAGCGGGGGAGUAAACGAAUCCUCUAUUCUACCUACGAAUCUGUACGGCAUUGAGGGCCUAUUGUAUCUCUGUAUCAUGUUAAACUAACAUACAUGUAUUCUUAUAUUUUGUAAUAUCAAUGUGAACAUAUUCAUUAGUAUAUGUAAUGACAUCAAUAACAGAGCAGUUACAUGUAAAACCUUAACACCGACCAGUGCCAUGAGUAUCAGAGGCAAACCUGGAUGAAACAGAGUCUGUGUAAGUAGAUCUGGGUUGAUCAAUCAUAGUCUGGUUUUUAGAAGAUUUCAUGCAGAGUUCAUACAUAAUAUAUAUAUCUUAGACAACAUAUGUAUCAUUAAUCCAUGCUCCUUGUUAAUGAGUCCAAAAAGAAAGUAACAAAACUGAAUAUCACAUCACAUAUUUAUGUACAUUCUAUACACAUUUUUAUUGCUAUGAUCAUCUGUGAUAUCUAUAAAAUAUCUCUUGUGAUGAG